AUGGCUCUGCUCACCCCGCUGUUCGCCUUCCUCUACCACCUGCCGCAGGUCUAUAAAUGGCUGCUGAAGCCUUACUAUGUGGCCUCUCUGCUCAUGUCGGUCGCCUUCCUGGCGGUCCGGAAAACGCCUGGAAUCUGCGACCAUCUGGCCUCCCAGCGGGAGGACGGGAACUCCUGCGACUUUGACUGGAGAGAAGUGGAAAUCCUCAUGUUCCUCAGCGCCAUCGUCAUGAUGAAGAACCGUAGAGCCAUCACCGUGGAGCAGCACGUGGGAAACAUCUUCCUGUUCAGUAAGGUGGCCAACGUGAUCCUGUUCUUCCGCCUGGACGUCAGGAUGGGGCUGCUCUACCUGACGCUCUGCAUAGUGUUUCUGAUGACCUGUAAGCCUCCGCUCUACAUGGGACCAGAGUACAUCAAGUACUUCAGUGACAAAACCAUGGAUGAUGAGCUGAACAAGGACAGUCGAGCCACCUGGAUCGUUGAGUUUUUUGCCAACUGGUCUCCAGAGUGUCAGUCCUUCGCCUCGGUUUACGCCGACCUCUCGCUCAAGUAUAACUGUGCCGGCCUCAAGUUUGGGAAGGUGGACAUCGGACGUUAUGGCGAAGUGUCCAAAAGGUACAAGGUGUCCGCAUCUCCGCUCUCCAAGCAGCUUCCAUCCUUGGUCUUAUUUCAGGGGGGGAAGGAAGUAAUGCGGCGCCCCCAGGUGGACAAGAAAGGCAGAGCGGUGUCCUGGAGCUUCACUGAGGAAAACAUCAUCCGAGAGUUCAACCUCAACGAGCUCUACCAGAGCUCCAAAAAGCUCAGCAAGAGCAGGUACGAGAAGAUGAGCGCGUCACAGUUCCCGGCCGUGCCCGAGGAGGAGGAGCCUGAGCAGGCGGGAGCCGACGCCCAGGGGGAGGAGCCUGAGUCCAAGAAGGAUAAAUAGGAUGGUCGGAUCACGCAGCUCUAUGUGGACCAAUCAUCUGCCUCAUCCCCUCUGCAGCUGGCUGGGGGACGACAGCAGCUCAUCAUCAUCUUUUACUCUUUUCUUGGUCUUAGAAAUCUAUAAAUAGCAAAUGUUUUUGUCCUUAGAUGAUUAAAAACUGAGAAACUUUAACAGGAUGUUAGGAUGGGGGGGUGUAGACUGUUCCUAAUGUGAGGAAGCUUUGAGUUCAUCAGGUUUCAUACUAAUACUUCAGAUCCCUCAGCCUGUUCCUCUGCUCCCACACCGUCCCUCUCUGUAUUAGCCCCGCCCUUUCUGUGAGGGAUCAGACAGGGCGGGUUCUCCUCCAGUCCGCCCACGCUCCAGGCCUGAUGCUGCAGCAGGUGAUCCUGGCCUGGACAGAACAGCCGUGGGUCAGAGACGCUGAUCCGCUUUCAUUUUAACAUUCCAGUCCUGAAGUCUGGAUUUAUUCUGAACGCACUGAGUUUGUUCUUCUUUAUGUUGUUCCUAAACUUUAACUUCUAAAAGUAGAUUUUCUAUGUUUGUCAUGAUGCAUUCCUCCAGCUCCAUCCACACCUGGAGCCUUUUAUACUUGUGUUUGUCCUUCUUACAUGAGAAAUAAAACCCAUUUGCACACCA